AUGGCCGCGAGCGGGGGUACUCCAUCAGCGUUAUUGUUAAGGUCCGACAAUCUCACCCAGUAUCCAAUGCGUAUGGGCGAGCGGUACAUGUUUAUCAGUCCUGAAGGCGUCUGGUCCAACCUCACCGCUGUCGAUGGGCGUCAAUUGUUUCGGUUUACUGUCGUUGGUUACGAAGACAGACUAGAUUCUGCACAAGUCGACAUGGAUUCUCUGGUACGGAGAGCUUUCGGCCGCGACGUUGUUCCGUUCGAGCUAAUGUGCGUCCUGCCGUGGCGACGUUGCCCUGCGGAACGGAUCAGUUCGACCCAGAAUUACGCGAUCUGGGUUGAGCGGAAAGGCCAUGAGAAGGUGCUAGAAAAAGGGCCCGAUGCUGAUGCACAACGCAGAGCGCUUGGAGAGCAGGCGGCUGUCAGUCUGGAGCAGGAAUUCCGCUCGCUGGGCAUUGCUAUGGGGUAUCAAUACUCGACCUCGCCGGUAAUCGUGCCUGAUGGUUCGCCGGCGCCAGCAGAUGACCCUAGUACUUACAUACAGAUCGCACGACCUGGUCAUCGCGCUCCCCACUACUGGUUGGACAAUGAGCGGUUCAUAAUAGACCUUUUUGGCACAGGAUUCGUCUUGCUUGGGUUCGGCGAUGAUAGCUUUGGAGAGGAAAGGUUGCUCAGUGCAGCUCGUUCACUGGGCAUGCCGGUGGACUUUGUGCGGGUGUUGGAUUCUGAGGCUGCGCAACUGUAUGAACGUAAGCUGGUUCUUGUACGGCCGGAGGUAUGGUGGCAUGGCGUGGCGACUCGCUUCCAUCAAAUGCCCAAAGUCUCCUAG